AUGCAAAUCAGAGUAAAGAUUGAUACAACUAGAGCUGCUUUAGAAAAUCAAGAACUAAGAAUAAGGGAUGUAUUUGUUUUCACACGUGCAAUCAAAAGAGUAUUUGAACUUCUAGAGUCAAAUAGGUAUGUCCUUAUCAAGGGUAACCCGGGAUCCGGAAAAACCACGAUUGCCAUGCACGUCUUAUCAGAGUUACAGGAGAAAGGGAUGAUACCUCUUCAAGUGUUCACAGUUGAAGAAUUGUAUGGAUCCGUGUCACAAUCUUCAAACGUCGCUUUAUUUUUAGAUAAUUUAUUCGGGGAGUUCUCAGUUUCAAAUGAGGUUGACAACUUUAAAGCAAAGUUACAUUUAAUAAAAGCAAUGUGGAAUUAUGAUAAUUGUAAGGGAAACGUUUUAAUUAUAACAAUCAGAAAUGAUAUUCACAAAGAAGCAGUCGAUAGAAUAAGUGAAGAACUAUUUUUAAACAAUUCUUCAGUUGACAUAUCUAACGGGAAUUUUCAAAUGAAAAGUUCAGAAAUAUUAGAUAUGUUUACAAAGUAUGGUCUGGAAAAAUUGAUAUUAUCAAAUACAAUGCUGGAUGUUGUUAAACUAAGAAAUUCACUCGGAAUCCCCCAAUGUUGCAGCCUAUUGAAAAAUAAUCCAUUAUUUUCUAAAAACGCUCAAGCUUUCUUGAAGGAUCCAAUUCUGAGCUUGGAGAAUUAUAUAAAACAAAGGUUGGAUAGAAAAGAAAGGAAAAUGGCAGUUUUAGUCUAUAUUCUUCUUUGUGGAGGGAGUGUAGAAGAAAGCGUACUGGAAACACCUUUACGAGACAUGACGAGAAAAGAAGUAGCAAUGAGAAUAAUAGGAGUCACAGAUUCAAAUUUAAGGAACUUUCAAAGUUCUAUUUUUCAUUUCCAUGAUUUUUUGAUGGUUUAUGACAAUAUUGAAAGAAAAUAUAAAUUUAGUCAUAGCUCAGUACAAGAGAGUUUAUUUAAAUGUCUCGUCAAUUAUUACCCACAGGAAAUUAUCAAGAGUUGUGAUUUUACCCUUCUAGAAAGGUUAACUACUUGUAAGAAACUGGCGUGGAAUUCUGUAGUAAUUGUCGAAGAUAUUUUUCAAGACUUAAUUGACCGAUUGCUAGAAGUCCUGCAGGAAAGAUCAGUUACUGCAUUUCAAACAAUUUCCCGUCUUCACAUAUGGGAAGACGAGAAGUUUGUAUGUAAAUGCAAAAAUAAUCAAAGUGUGUUGAAUGGUAUAAAAGAAAAUACUGAUAGUCGUGGGCAAUCAAUGUUAGUUCAUUUUUGUGUAUCUGGUAACAUUAGGUGGGUUAAGUAUCUCUUGUUUGUAGCUUCAGAAGAACAAAGAUAUGUGUCCUUAAAUGAAGCAUGUGCACACAACCAGGGGGAGAUUGUUGACUUGCUAAUAAAAACUAAUGUUAGGUACAACUUAAAAACUUGUUUUUUCGCUGUGCAAAGUGGAAAUUUAGAUUUGCUUUAUCGCUUCACUGAUAAUGUAGACCUUACAGAGAAAACUUUAUCAAAUCAAUGGAAUAAUAUACAAUGCGGUCUUCUACAUGAGAUUUGCUUUUUGGGACAGAAUCACCUCAUUGAGCCAGUUCUAGCACGCUACCCACAACUAAUUGAUGUCCGAGACAAUGAAGGUGGAAACGCUCUGCAUUUCGUUGCGUAUGCAGGAGACGAAACAAUAUUUAAAAAGUUAGUUCAAAGUGGUUGUGAGCUAUAUAGAACAAGUCAUACUGGUUCAACUGUUCUCAGCUAUGCUUGUCAAAACGGAAAACUAAACAUGGUCAGGUAUAUCUGUGAUAAGUAUCCAGAUUUACUUUCACCAGAUUAUAAUGACAACAAAGAUGACAAAAACAAUGAUGGAAAGAAUGCCUUACAUGCUGCAGCCUUUGGAGGUAACAUUGAUUUACUCAAUUUUCUGUUGGAGAAAGGUUUUGAUGUCAAAACCAAAAGAAAUGAUGGGGGUACGGUGCUUCACUAUUCCUGUAUGAACGAAAAACUAGAGAUGUGUAAGUACUUGCUCAAUACUUAUCCUCAUUUACUAGAUGUCAAAGACAAUAAUGGAGGAAAUGCCUUACAUCAUGCAGCCUUGGGAGUGCUGUAUGAACGGAAAACUAGAGAUGUGUAA